GUACUGCCGCCGCGCGGGGGCGCUCAAACAAAGCAGCACGAGCGGCGGCUGCAGGCCGAGACGCUGAGAGCAAAUACGGCACAGGCCGCUCUUAGCAAGCGGAGACCUCCCCACGAACCUCCACCCACCGCCUGGACCGGGCCAUGGCGGCGGAACCGUGCUCGCAGAUCGAAGCCGAACUUUAUUACCUGAUCGCCAGAUUUCUGCAGUCUGGACCAUGUCAGAAAUCCGCUCAGAUGCUGCUGCAGGAGCUGCACGAAUACGAGAUCAUCCCGAAGCGCUGGAGCUGGGAUGGAAAGCAGUUUAAGCGAAGCUUUGAAGACUGGGUUUUGUUAAAUCAGCACAUACCUGCGGAUUACCUGUUGCGUGUGUGUGAGCAGAUUGGCCCAUUGAUAGAUAAACACAUUCCUCCCAGUGUUCCUGGAGUCCACAGUUUACUGGGCAGCGGGCGACAGUCAUUACUACGGACAGCAAAAAGUUCUUCUCAUACAGUAUGGAGUGGUUCUGCAGUAGUCGCCUUGCACAGGGGACGGCCCCCAGAACCACCUCUCAACUGUGCCAAACCACCAAAUAUAGUGUCAAUCAUGGGUGCUCGCCAAAAAACAGGAGUGGCUCGAUUUGGCCACGCCCUCCCCUCCUGUACCUAUCAGCACAUGAAGAUGCAUCGAAGGAUUCUGGGCCAUCUCUCAUCAGUGUACUGUGUAGCGUUUGACCGCACUGGGCGGCGCAUUUUUACGGGUUCUGAUGACUGUCUAGUGAAGAUCUGGGCGACGGAUGAUGGCCGUCUCCUAGCCACUCUGCGUGGACAUGCGGCAGAGAUUUCAGACAUGACAGUGAAUUUCGAGAACACGUUCCUUGCUUCUGCCAGCUGUGACAAGAUCAUCCGCGUGUGGUGCCUGCGUACCUGUGCACCUGUGGCAGUGUUGCAGGGGCACACAGCCUCUAUCACCUCCAUACAGUUUUCUCCAUCAGCAUUAGGUUCCUCUCGUCAUCUGGCCACCACCGGAGCUGAUGGCAUGGUGUGUUUCUGGCAGUGGAACUCACUCAGUAUGAAGUUUGAUGAUCGGCCUGUGAAGUUUAUGGAGCGUUCUCGUCCCGGAGUUCAGAUAUCCUGCAGUUCCUUCAGCUCUGGGGGUUUGUUUCUGGCCACCGGAGGGACAGAUCACGUGAUCAGAGUUUACUACCUCGGCACAGAGACGCCUGUGAAGUUUUCUGACCUGGACUCCCACACGGAUAAAGUUGUAGCUAUUCAGUUCUGCAAUAACACUGACAGUCUCAGGUUUGUGAGUGGUAGUCGGGAUGGUACGGCUCGAAUGUGGCAUUACCAACAGCAUGAAUGGAAGAGUACUGUGCUGGACAUGACCACCAGAUUACCAGGGAGUGCUGUGAUAACAGGCGAUGACAAAUCGACCAAGUUGGUGGUGACCAUGGUCACAUGGGAUCGUUACGAUCGCUCCAUCAUCACAGCUGUUUCAAACUGCCUCCUCAAAGUCUGGAACUCAGCAAAUGGCCAAUUACUACAUGUGCUGUCGGGUCAUGAUGAUGAGGUGUUUGUUUUGGAAGCACACCCCUUUGACUCGCGAAUUUUGUUAUCAGCUGGUCAUGAUGGUAACAUCUACAUCUGGGACCUCAGUAAAGGCCUCAAGAUCAGAAACUUCUUCAAUAUGAUUGAAGGCCAGGGUCAUGGUGCUGUGUUUGACUGUAAAUUUUCUGUGGAUGGGCAACACUUUGCCUGCACAGACUCUCAUGGUCAUCUGCUCAUCUUUGGAUUUGGGUGCAGUCAGCCUUAUGAAAAGAUUCCAGACCAAAUGUUCUUCCAUACGGAUUUCCGGCCGCUGAUCCGGGACUCCAAUAACUUUGUUCUAGAUGAGCAGACGCAGCAGGCACCCCAUCUUAUGCCUCCACCUUUUCUGGUGGAUGUAGAUGGGAACCCCCACUCACCUCGUUACCAGCGCCUGGUGCCGGGCAGAGAAAACUGCAAAGAGGAGCAGCUUGUGCCACAGCUCGGCUACAUGGCUAAUGGUGAUGGUGAAGUGGUUGAGCAGGUGAUUGGCCAGCAGACUGCAGAUGAGUCUCAGGAAGAAAGCCCAUUGGAUGACCUGAUUAGGCAGCUCCAGCACCAGCAAGAUGAGCGACUCAACUCAGGAAAUCCUACAGUAGGUGCUGAGGUGGCAGGUGGUCCUCUGUCACCCCCUAACGUUGGGCUGAGACGUAGCGGACAAGUUGAGGGUGUACGGCAGAUGCACAAUAAUGCCCCCCGCAGUCAGAUCGCCACUGAGAGAGACCUGCUGGCAUGGAGCCGCCGCGUGAUGGUUAAUGAAGUCCAGACUGGCACAUUCAGAGUGAUGGAAGACAGUAGGCGUGCUAAAGGAGAGAUAGAAAGGUCUUUCUACAAUAUUGAGAAGAAGAAGAAGAAAUCUGCACCCACAACAGGAAGUGAGCCGGUGGGAGAGAGCGUUCGUAUGUUACGGAGGCCUCAGCGCAGACCUCAGCAGAGGAGACACACGUAUCAGACCCGCUCAACUCGAGAAAGGAGACGCAGCACAAGUGUGCUCUCGUACACCCAUAAUGAGGAAAGUGUGGCAGAGUCCGACAGUGAAGUGGAGGAGGAGGAACAGAAUGAGAACAGUGAUGUGUCCUCUGAUGGUGAAGCUCAGUGGGAGAAUGACAGUAGCUCCAGUGACUCUUCUAGCGAGUAUUCUGAUUGGACGGCGGAUGCAGGAAUCAACCUCCAGCCUCCGAAGCGAACAACUAGAAGGCCACCGGCCCGUGUUGCCGGGAGCAGUAGCUCUGAGGAAGAGGAGGGGACAGGGCAGGGAGAAGGAAAGGCUGAGAGAUCAAGUAAACGCACUGAAAAGAAAAAGAAACCUAAACAGACUAAACAGCGGUCUGUGCCUGCUGGCGAUUUAGAGGAAUGGUUGCCCCCAUCGUGGAUCAUGGAGACCAUUCCAAGACGAUCACCCUUUGUACCUCAAAUGGGAGAUGAACUGAUAUAUUUCCGUCAGGGACAUCAAGCAUAUGUCCGAGCCGUGUGUCGUGCCAAAGCCUACAGCAUCAACCCUCAGAAACAGCCCUGGAACCGCCUGAACCUCAGGGAUCAGGAGUCUGUAAAGGUAGUGGGUAUUAAAUAUGAAGUUGGGCCGCCCACUUUGUGCUGCCUCAAACUGGCUCUCCUGGACCCCACCUCAGGGAAAAUGACCAACGAAUCCUUCAGCUUGAAGUAUCAUGAUAUGCCUGAUGUCAUUGAUUUUCUGGUGCUACAACAGUUUUACAAUGAAGCCAAAGAACGCAACUGGCAGCCUGGUCAGCAUUUCAGGAGCAUCAUUGAUGAUGCUUGGUGGUUUGGUUCGGUGGAGUGUCAGGAGCCAUUUCAAUCUGACUAUCCAGACAGCCUCUUUCAGUGCUACAUUGUCAAGUGGGAUAAUGGAGAGAGAGAGAAAAUGAGUCCGUGGGAUAUAGAGCCCAUACCCGAAGAAGCUCCACUUCCAGAGGAGCAUGGGGGCAGUGUCCCGGUCACAGAGGACGAGCUUCAGGCCCUGCUUUACACCCCUCAGGAGGGAGAGUGGGGGCUGCACACACGAGAUGACGAGUGCGAGAGAGUCAUCAUAGCCAUAGAUCAGCUGCUAACGCUCGAUGUGGCAAAGGCAUUCUCCUGCCCUGUAGAUUUGAGGGAAUAUCCACUGUACUGCACUGUUGUGGCCUAUCUUACUGACCUCAGCACCAUCAGAACAAGAUUAGUGCACCGUUUCUACAGGCGGAUCUCAGCACUAAUGUGGGAGGUGCGUUACAUUGAACACAACGCUCGAACAUUUAAUGAACCGGAGAGCCCUAUCGUCAAAGCAGCCAAAACGGUCAGCAGCGUCCUGCUGCGUUUCAUCAGGGAUCAGACCUGUACUGAUAUCUUGGAUCUCUACAAUAAGAUGAAGAGCGAAUUCAGCAGCGAGGAAGAGGAGACUGUGGAUGUGGACUCGGAUACUCCUGGCACCUCCACUGGUCAGAGGAGGUCCAGUAACGCUCCUCAGAAGCGUGGAGUGGUCCUGGAUAUCAACGCAUGGCAUGGACAGUGCAAAGAGCUUCUGAGGAGAAUGAUGGCAAGCUCAGAUUCAGAGCCUUUUCGUCAACCUGUUGACCUCUUCACCUACCCGGAUUAUCGUGAUAUUAUAGACACUCCUAUGGAUUUAGGCACAGUCUCUGAGACCCUGAUGGGUGGGAACUACGAGAAUCCCAUGGAGUUUACCAAAGACGUGCGGCUUAUCUUCAGUAAUUCAAAGGCUUACACGCCCAACAAGAAGUCUCGAAUCUACAGUAUGACUCUGAGUCUCUCGGCGUUCUUUGAGAAUCAGAUCAUUCCCAUAAUCUCAGACUACAAAUCUGCAGUUCAGAAUCAACGUAGGAGUCAACAGAGACUCAGUUGCAGCAAGAGAUUACAGAGCUCCUAUCCCAACAGCCCCAAAGGGAAACAGAAAUCAGGAAAGAAAACUUCCCAGGUGUCUGCAAAAGGCCGCUCACGGAAAUCCUCUCAAGAUUUGAAUGUUGCACAAGUCGAUGAAGACAGUCAGCCAUCCUCUUCAUCCUCAUCCUCCUCUUCCUCGUCUUCCUUAUCCUCUUCAUCAGAGCAGGCAGGAGCCAACAGAGUUACGCGCAGCCGUGUUACACCAAACAAAUCCUCAGAUGGCCAUGGCUUACUGCCAAACGGAGGUCGAAGUUCACGUCGGAGAGGGGCCACGUUACCUGAAGAGGGAGAGGUUUCUGAAUGCGAGAGCACCAGCUCAUCAUCAUCCUCAACAUCCGCAUCAUCGUCCUCUUCUGGAACCUCGUCGUCUUCGUCCGAGAGUGACAACAGCGGGGCUGAAGUGGGCGGCUUUGCCGACGGCGGCGAUCACGACUACAGCAAAGCCCCGCAACACACAGAGAAAGGCAAAGCGGCAGUGGCCUCCAUCGAUAACACAAAGCGAAAGCGCAAAGGAGAAGUGCAAACAACACCUGUGAAACGAGCACGGCGAGCGAAUGAAAGAGAGGAACCAGAGGAGGACCCUGAGGAGGAACCAGAGGAGGAACCAGAGGAGGACCCUGAGGAAGAACCAGAGGAGGACCCUGAGGAAGAACCAGAGGAGGAACCAGAGGAAGAACCAGAGGAGGACCCUGAGGAAGAACCAGAGGAAGAACCAGAGGAGGAACCAGAGGAGGAAGAAGAGGAAGAGGAGGAGCUUGAUGAGGAAGAGUCGUCGGAGGAGGAAGAUGAUGUCAUUUCAUCAACAAAAACUGGAAGUCAGAGGUCAAAUCAAAGGACUCCAAAGUCAGGGCGGGUUAAUACUCGUAACCAGGGUCGAAGGACUGUUCUGUACAACGAUGACUCUGAGGAUGAGGGGCCGACGACAGACCCACUGAAUCUAGGAAUGUCGCGGUCUGGAAGGGUCCGUCGCAUGACUGAACGAGCAAGGGUCAGCCAUCUUAUGGGCUGGACACAUUGACCUUUUAUGAUCUUUACACAGGCUCACUACAGCGAUACUGCAGGGAUUUUGUUUUUAGUUCUGUCUUUGUGAUUUGUUUUUGUUUUUUUACUGAUGUUGUUGUCUCCGAAACUUGAUGUUCAUGACUCUUCCUGGACUGUGGUGCUCUCUCUUCUCUGUGGCUUUCACGGAAACUACCACGCCAUCAAAUAAUCAGCCACCUCUGCCUUAUUAUGGUCCAGAGCGGAAAAGAGUCAACUUUCCUCCCUUCUUUCUGUGUUCAUCCUCUCUUCCUCCUGUUUGGCUUUGAUUCUUUUGGUUUCUGGCUUCUUUCACUCCAAGGAAUCUAUUCUGUCAGAAAGAUGGUGCUGCUCCUCUCCUCUCACAUUCUCCAUCUCGUGUUCUUUUGGUACCCUUUUUUUUUUUUUUUUUUUUUUUUUUUAACACAGGGUCAUUGAGAACGCUUAAGUUUACCAUGUGAUUCAACUGACUUGACUUUACUAUUCAAUCAGGUUAUGCAUUUACCUCUGUUCAAUAAUAUAAUCAAUUUUGGUGCAACCUCUGAGAUGCAUUAACUACUUCCAGAUCACUCAUGGUAAUCCUCAUCCAUUUGAGCACAGACAAGAGGAGGAUUAUGGGAAAUGUAGGAGAAAAUGCACUUCUCCCUUCUCCUCUUGUUCAAAUACACAAAAACACUUCAGACUGUUUUUACAGAAUAUAUUUAUAUUUUUCCACUCUUGUAUGAUACACUUUAAUUCAUUCUUAUCUUGCAGAGAACAUUAGUAUUGAUAAUGUUUGCACAUUUUAUGUCAAGUAUAUGUGGCAGCUGAUUGGUGGAUGUGAGGUGAUGUCUGAAUCCUAGACUCUGACUGGUUCAGAUAUAAUGUAAAUUGAAGCUAUCUGAAGAGCAACAGACUGUUUAUUUUCUCACCUUUUUUAUUUUACUUUUUGCGAUUUGUUUUUUUUUCUCUAUGCCAUUAUCAUGAAAGACUAAAAAGGCUGUUAUGUUUUAAACAAGGAAGACAACAAGAAACCCUCUCUGAAAAUCUUCUCGUGUGAUCAUGCAAUCAGUGGUAUGUUUCACUGGUGUAUUUUCAGGAUGAUGAAGACAAAGCAUUAUAAAGUUCAAUCUGAGUUUGGUUUGUGGUGUCAAAGGCUGUGUGCAAAAAAUAUUUUUUAAAACAUUGGUACAUCUCUCUCUCUCUCUUUCUUUCUGUUUUGCCCUUCUCUUAUCUUCUGCUGUUUAUCCCUCUUUCUCACUUUUGUUUUUCUCUCUUUUGCACUAUUUUGGAAAGUUGGAAGGCACCCUCGCCAUCCAACCCCUAAACUGCUUGUCCUUACCUGUUUGAAAGAUGUUUUCCAGCCAAUCAAGAUACAGCAUUAACCUCUUCAGGUUCUGUGGCGUUCCCUUUGUUUAGAAAGGAGUUGACUAGAUGAGUUAAUUUUGUCUAUCCAUUUCUUAUGGGUUUUUUUUUGUUGUUGUUGUAUGUAUCAGGGAUCUGUUGCCAUGUUGUGACAGCCUCGAUCUGUUCAGUGACAAUAAUAGUGAAGAUGGUCAUGAUGUUAGAUGUCAUUAAUGUAUGUCUUUUUUUUUUUCUACACAUUUUGGAUUGUUUUUAUAAUAAAGGUGUAAA